AUGUCUGAUUAUCUACAUGAAAACAAAGCAAACGUAAAAAGUAGGAAACAUGUUGUGACACAGGCUGAGAAAAAAGCACGUAUCCUUAGAUUCUUUCAGGAAAACCAUGAUAUCUACAGUAUGAAGGACCUGGAAAAGAUAAUUCCAAAGAAAUGUGCAGGAGUUUCGUCUAUGCUUGUCAAAGAUUUAGUCCAGCAACUCAUAGACGAACAGGGAAUUAUAUCUGUGGAAAAGUGCGGUAAUGUUAAUGUCUAUUGGUGUUUUAAAAAUCAACUAGUUGGAAAGAUCCAUAAAGAAAUGAAAGCCGUAGAAGCAAGCAUCGACGAUACCAAGGCAAAAAUCAAAGCACUCGAGGCCGAUUUACAUAUACAGAACAAGGAAGAGCGCUGUGAUCAUUUUGAUCACCAGCAUGUAAGAUAUAAACGGACGGAACUACUGGCAAAGAACGAAAAACUUCGGAAAGAGUUGGCGGCUAUUGUGGGUAACUAUAACACUAUUGAGCAGACCAAAUGGGACCAAACUACGAUUGAAGAUCGUUUAAAAGGCCUGAAGCAGAAAUUGGAACAGCUUGAUAAAAUUACGGACAACAUUGAAGUAAAUGUAAGCUUACUGAUGCGCAAAUAUAGUUUGCAGCGAAAGGAAGUGACCACUGCGCUGGAAAUACCCCAUGAUUUCGACGAUUUCGACGAGUUUGAAUCAAUAAGGAAGUUGAUAUAA